AUGGAAGCGCAUGGAAAUGCAGGAAUCUCAGCAGGCCUGAGCGUACGAAGUGCUGUCGGUGCGGUGCCGGAUGCUCUGGUUUCUGGUACAGGCACUGCAUUGCCCUCAUGUCGUCCACGUCCGUCCUCUUCAACUGAGUCAAAACUGUACGCCGCCACCAUGGGCAGUGAGACAGUUGAUGACAGCCAAUGGCUGUAUGACAAUGGACCUGACUACUCAACUCCUGUUCCUCUAUAUGGCUCUAGUGGUUCGCCACCCCCAAGCCAGCGAGGACGAGGCCGACGAGGGCACGCAAAUAUUGACAGCCAAGACCAGAGCCAGAAUGUCAACCGCUACUUAAGCGUUUUCUGGGAGACCAGUUUUAGGUCCGAAAUCGAAGCGAUUGUCAAAGAUAAGAAGUUGACUGAUACCCACGAGCCGGACGAGACUCAAAUUAUCGUUUCUAUAAAUGCAAGGGGAGUCGAAGACAUAACCAUGCGGUCUCCAGGACUUAAUAUUGAUUGGAGCGGAGUGAAUCAACAGAUUGAUAGCUGGUCGAGCCUAGUCGAUGGUGGAAGGAAGCUGACCAUUCGUCUUACGUUUAUUUUCAAGGAAAAUAGCCGAUUGAUACUGGCGAGGACUGACCGCCGAGGCCGGAGCGCUACAAACGCUCAGCUAAAUGAGCGAGCCGCUAUCCAUAAUGAUCAAGAUGCCACGGAUGAAAUUCCGCUCUGGGAACAAGUAUAUGAUCUAUUGGAAUGCCCGGGAGCAGGAUGCGACAUCGGGCCAUACUGCUGGCGCAAACCAGCCACUGGCAUACGCCAUGCUGUGCCGACAAUUAUUUUGACAAAAUUAGUCCAGUAUGCUGAGAGAGGUGGGAAAAUCAAGGAGCAUAGCGACGUUCCUAAACAUUACCAGAACGAAAUAUUGAACCCACCAAGCAAGAAGAAACAGGUCGAAGGACCCCAGAUUAAUAUCACUAAUGUAAUGCCUGGGGCUGAGACGGCGCCACCUCCAAAGAGGCUUUUGCCGGUCGCAGAGACAAAGCCAUUGAGCGCUACCGCGAUUGGCACUACAAACAGGUAG